AGAACAGAGAAUGGCAGCUCAUUCUCUCACCGGCCCCCAUUUCUUUCCUUCCCCACACACAACUAGACCACCGCCGCCAUCGCCGCCGCCGCCGCCAUGCUCCGCCUCCGAGGGCGCAUCGUUGCCCAUCUCCUCUCUUUCUCCUCCACCUCUGGACCGGCCAUCUCCCCUCUCCACCGGCUCCUCUCCGCAUCGGCAGCCGCCGGCCCCAUUUCUCCGAACCCCGGUGGAUUCGCCGUCGAGGACUACCUCGUCGACACCUGCGGCCUCACCCGACCUCAAGCCCUCAAGGCCUCCACCAAGCUCUCCCACCUCAAGUCCCCCGCCAACCCCGACGCCGUCCUCGCCUUCCUCGCCGGCGUCGGCCUCUCCGGCGCCGACAUCGCCCCGGUUGUCGCCAAGGACCCGCGGCUCCUAUGCGCCAAAGUGGAAAAAACCCUGGCUCCGGUGGUCGAUGGGCUCACCGGCCUCGGCCUGCCGCGUUCCGACAUCGCCAGCCUCAUCUUGCUCACCCCCGGCGGCUUCCGCCGUAGAGCCAUAGUCUCCAGGCUGCAGUACUACCUGCCCCUCUUCGGCUCAUUCGACAACUUACUCCGGCUGCUCAAGCGGGGAGGAUCCCACCUUCUGUGGGCGGACCUCGACAAGGUCGUCAAGCCCAAUGUUGUGUUCCUGAGGGAGUGCGGGCUAGGUGAUUGUGAUAUUGCCAAGCUGUGUAUCCGUAUGCCGAGGUUGCUCACCACUAAUCCAGAGCACGUCGGGGCGAUGGUCACAUGUGCUGAAAAAUUAGGUGUGCCCUGUGGCUCUGGGAUGCUCAGGCAAGCGCUUCAGGCUGUCGCGUUUCUCAGCGAGGAGAAGAUUGCCGCCAAAGUGGACUACUUGAAGAAUACGUUCAGGUGGUCUGAUGCCGAAGCUUGUGUUGCUGUGCGCAAGUAUCCGAGUGUGUUGAGGAAGUCAAAGGAAUCUCUGAAGCUCAGGUCUGAGUUCCUGGUCUCUGAGGUGGGACUGGAACCCGUGUCCAUUGCUCAUCAACCGGUAGUUCUCAGUCUUAGCUUGGAGGGCCGGCUCAGACCCCGGUACUAUGUUAUAAAGUUUCUCAAGGAAAAUGGACUGCUACAUCGUGACCCGAGCUUCUUUACUGCGGUCAAGAUCACUGAGAAGGUAUUUGUGGAGAAACUCAUAUCCCCUCACAAGGAAGCUGCACCACACCUCGCUGAAGACUAUGCAACAGCUUGCAAAGGGGAAGCGCCAACUGAUUUCAUAUUUAGAUGGACCAGGAACAGGCUAUGAAAAUCCGUAACCUGUGUAUGGCGCAAGAAAGUUUUCACUCUGUGUAGUAAGUUGGUAACUCCUGCCUUGGUGUUUAGGCCUAACUGGAUGUUGACUAUCUUUUCUAGUGUGUUUGCUACUUGCCAGUUUGCUCAUUGCUAACUCUUGAUGUAACUAGUAAUAAAUUGAUUUCUGAACCCUGAUAGGCUGUUGUUGUCAUUCCUUAGAGAAGAUCCUUCAAAAUAUCAGUCUGGUCUGCUUUUA